UUUUAUUUUACUCAGUCUAUUUAUUUGUAGCUUCUGUAGUAACUACAGACCUUAGAACUCAGCACCAUUAUUAUUGGCACAGUAACUAAUGGUACCUAUUUUCAACCAAAACCAUGUCUCUAUCUUCCAUGCAACAACUCCAAAACACUUCACUCUCUUAUCAAACCUUCUCCUUUCAAAACUCUCACAUUUCCUAUCUCUUUUUACCAUCACAAUUGCAACAUCUUUUGAAGCUCUCUUACUUCUCCAAAACAAACAACUAAUGUUCCAUUUUCUUCUACUAUGUUUUCUCCUUCUCUGUUUCCUUGUAAAACACUUUCUCUCAAAACGUUCUCACGUUUACAUUGUUGAUUUCUCAUGUUUCAAACCACCAAACUAUUGUAGAGUACCCUUCUCAACAUUUCUUGAAAAUGCUUCACUUUUUCAAUGUUUUGACCGUGAAAGCAUAUCUUUCAUGGAAAAAAUCCUUGAUUCUUCAGGACAAAGUCAACAAACAUGUCUUCCUCCUUCUUUACACUACAUUCCUCCCAAAACCCAAAAUUCUGAAUCCAUCAAAGAGGUUCAAAUGGUUCUUUUUCCUAUCAUGAAUGAUCUUUUUGCAAAAACAAAAAUUUCACCUUUUGAAAUAGACAUGCUUAUCUUAAACUGUAGUGGCUUUUGUUCUUCACCUUCUUUAACAUCUAUUGUUGUUAACAAAUACCCUUUUAGAAGUGACAUUAAAAGUUAUAAUCUUUCUGGUAUGGGGUGUAGUGCUAGUGCUAUUUCUAUUGAUUUGGCUCAUAAUCUUCUUAAAGUUCAUAAAAACUCUAAUGUUAUUGUUUUAAGCACAGAAAUUUUGUCAACAGGUUGGUAUUCAGGGAAUGAAAAACCCAAGUUGCUUAUUAAUUGUCUCUUUAGGAUGGGAAGUGCAGCAAUUCUUCUUUCAAACAAAAAAGAAGCAAGUGAAUCUUCAAAAUACAGGUUAAUUAGAACACUUAGAACACAAAGAGCUUUUGAUGAUAAAGCUUAUUUUUCUGCUAUAAGAGAAGAAGAUUCAGAUGGAAAACUUGGUGUUACACUUAAAAGAGAUUUACUUCAUGUUGCUGCUGAAACACUUGGUUCAAAUGUAUCAAUUUUGGGGGGUGAAAUGCUGCCAAUUUAUGAGAAAUUUUGGUAUGGUGUUUCUGUGAUAAGGAAAAGGUUUAUGAAAUUUGAGGAAAUUUAUGUGCCUGAUUUUAAGAGUGUGAUAGAGCAUUUUUGUUUGCCAUGUUCAGGGAAGGGAGUGAUAAGGGAAGUAGGAAAAGGAUUGAAGCUUGGUGAGAGAGAGAUUGAAUGUGCUUUGAUGACACUUCAUAGGUUUGGAAACCAAUCUUCUUCAUCAUUGUGGUAUGAACUUGCUUACUUGGAAGCCAAGGAAAGAGUGAAGAAAGGUGAUAACAUUUGGUUACUUGGAAUGGGAAGUGGACCUAAGUGUUGUAGUGUUGUUUUGAAGUGUAUUAGGCCUAUAAUUGGAGACUCUCACAUGGGACCAUGGGCUGAUUGUGUCCAUCAAUAUCCAAUCUUAACUUUGAAUUAAUAUUAUUCUAUAUUAUAGGUAGAUUUCUUUAUGUUA